GAGACGAGAGUACGACGUGAAGAUUGAAAGAAGUACGAAGGAGCUCUAAUCGAACAGAAGAAAGAGGCGGGUUGAUUGUAGGACAAGGACGAGUGAGUGGGGUGAACGGAAGUGGGCGCAAUGGACCAAAACGACCAAGGUGGUGGAAACAACCAAGGAGGAGGUGGUGCUGGGUGGAAUGGGGGCGGAGGUGGGGACUGGGGACCACCACCACCAUGGUGGGGAAACGGGAACGGGGGUGGUAAUGGGGGAGGGAACGGCGGAGGCAACACGUGGGGAGGAGGAGGUAAUGGACCAUUUGGAGGUGGGAAUUACAACGGCUGGAACAACGGGGGAUAUGCACCAAGGAGGCAAGUGCGUUGCUAUAAUUGUGGCCAGUUCGGGCACUAUUCACGUGACUGCCCGAUGCCGAGGCAAGGGGGUGGCAAUUUCUACGAAGGAGGGAAUGGGCAACAAGGAGGAACUGGAGGUGGAGGGAAUGGCGCUGACACUCAAGUAGCCGGAACCGGGGUGGCUACAACACUAGUCGUCAAACUUAGUAAGGAGCUUGAAGAGUCGUUCGGCGCUAUGGCUUCUUUUUUUAAGUUAUCGUUAGAUGAGAAGAAUAGAGCGGAAGCAGCGAAGAAGGAAGAGGAGGAACGGAAGAAACUUGACGAACAAGAGAGGAUUGAAAAAGCUGAGAUUACGAGAGCUGAGCUGGCAAAGAAAGAAGAGGAAGAGAAGAAAGAGGCGACAUUCGGAAAUUUUAAUGAGGAGAUACACGACAUGGUUAAUAAAGAAGGGAAAAAAGUUAUGGAGGGGGAUGGGUGCGAAGAAUGGGAGGAAGAGGAGGAGGAGGAAGAGGAACAGGAGGAACUGGCGGCGUCAAGGAGACGAAAGAGAGUACCCGCACAGGAAAGGAGAAUGGAUAAUGGCUCUCCGAACGAAACUCCUCCGAAGGCAGCACGUGGGAACUGUUCACGACAACCCGUUUUCCAAGUUGCCUCACCAGUGGAGCAGGAGAGGAAAGGAAGGGGUCGACCCAAGAAGAAGGAUGCGGGCUCCUUGAUUAUGGAUCCAUGGGGUGGAGCACCGUGCUCGGCCGACUUCAGGAAUAGGUGCCACGUCAGCAGUGGAGAUCAGCUGUGCCACGUCAGCAGUGCCACGUCACAGUGCCAAGUCACAGUACCACGUCAGCAGUGCCACGUCACAGUGCCAGAUCAGCAGUGCCACGUCCGCAGUGCCAGAUCAGCAGUGCCACGUCCGCAGUGCCAGAUCAGCAGUGCCACGUCCGCAGUGCCAGGUCACAUUGCCACGUCARACAUAGUGCCACGUAAGCAUGCCACAUCAGCAGUGACACGUAAGCAGCAUUGCCACGUCAGCAACAUGACGGGYCUGCCAGRCCAACUGGCCAAUGAGACCAUUGCCGCCUACAAGCAGCGUUGCCUGGCUCAGAUAGAGGCUGAGGAACAACGCCUGCUGGCAGUCGAGGCUGCCCGCMUACAAGCUGAAGAGGCAGCAGCAGCAGAGAAACUGCGGCUACAGGCCGAUGCAGAAGUAGAUGCCCAGGCUCGCCGAAAGGAAGCCCAGGAUCUGCUGCAGCGGCAUGAGGCCAACAGCAUCGACAGACUCAAGUACUGGCAUUUUCAACCGAACGGCGACGAUGCAACACCGGAAGAAAAGCACAAGGAGUUCCUCUCCAAACUCGUGACGCGGUUGUUGUAUGCUUGCAACUACCAAAGGUCAGAGUUGGAGAGACAGCACCGGGACCUGACGCAACAGCAUCAGGAGUUGGCGACGCUCCGCCGCACAGUGCAGAGCCACGAGGAUGCAACUCGGGCACUCAAUGCCCGAUUGUUGGACCUGGAACAGGCUGUACCAGGACCAGCUGCUGAAGCUUCCAGCAGUGCACCCUCAAGCCGCCAACUUGAGGACCCCGUUGACCACGUAGUGGCAAUGCUCGGCGACAUCAGCACCUUCGCUGCGCCGACCACCACCAUCAGCAGUCAGCUGCAUACAUUGAAGACCGAGGUCCAGAAGCUGCAGUCGACGAACGCGGACGACAAUCCGAAGAUGUACAAGAUGCCAACUUUCAACCUGGAGAGGUUCGACGACUACACGCAGCAGGAUCCCUUCUUCUCUAAGUUGGAUCUCAAGUCAGGGUACCACCAACUCGAGAUUCGCAAGAAGGAUCGCUACAAGACCGCGUUCAAGACUCGGUAUGGGCAUUUCGAAUGGCUGGUCAUGCCAUUUGGCCUUACGAAUGCCCCAGCCACUUUCCAAGCGGCUAUGACGACGGAGUUCCGCCACAUGCUGGAUCGUUUCGUACUUAUGUACCUCGACGACAUUCUGGUUUACAGCCGGAGUCUGGACGACCAUGUGGAACACCUGCGCACCGUUUUGGAGCGGCUACGACAGGCCAAGUACAAAGCAAACCGCGACAAGUGCGAGUUCGCACAGCAGGAGCUGGAGUACUUGGGACACUAUGUGACGGCGCAAGGCAUCCGUCCGCUUGCGGACAAGAUCGAGGCCAUCCGCGUAUGGCCCGAGCCCACCAACACCACGGACGUUCGUUCAUUCAUGGGGUUGGCAGGCUAUUAUCAGCAUUUCAUCACCGGAUACUCAAGGAUUGCCGCACCUCUGACGAGACUACAAUCGCCAAAGGUGCCAUUCGUAUUCGAUGACGACGCGUGCCAGGCUUUCCAAGCACUCAAGCCGCGCCAGUACAAAGUUACAUUCAGAGCAUGCGAUCCCGACGACACUCCGUGGAUUUCAGGAGCAGAUUUGAAAGCGUCUGCACCGCUGAUCUACGCUCACGACGAGCGACAGAGUUGACGGCGGCAGCAUUUCUUAUUGUUUCAAAGGCGAAUAAGGUGGACGUCACUAUGGGCGAAAUAUGUGUGGCCUUGCAUGUCCGCAUGAGCACCAUGAAGCUCAGGUUCCGAGAACUUAGGGUAUGGAUGGGCUGGGUCCAUCCCCCUUUCAAGU